AAUGGUCUCAAACGUUACAAAAUACCUUUUGUUUUCUAUGUCCUGCGCGUCUGUAGUUUUUUCCAAUGAUAAUGAAAUACGAGGAGCACCGCACCAGCUAAUUCUUGUCAAGCUAACAAACGUGCAAUCAGAGUUUGGACCUCCAUAUAUAUGGGAAAUUGUAAAUAGAACAACUAGUUCUUCACAACUUUAUUUCUCUGACGAGACAGAAGGUCCAUCAAUAAAGAUAAAGAGCCCUGAGCCUGGAAGGUACGAAAUAUCAGUUAUAUCUAGCCGCUAUUCAAUUAAUUUCAAUGGAAGAAUUAACCCUGGGAGUUUCAUCAAGCGUCCUCUCCAAAGAUAUAGCUUGCUUGUGGAUUAUAAGCUUCCCUCUCUUCAAUUGCUUGAGAAUUUUACGAAAAAUUUGUAUCUGUGCUCUACAAAGCACUUCAAAAUAUCCUAUGACGAGGAGUACAGUGGAAGAAGGGUCCGGCACAUGAUAUUGUUCAAUGGCACGAUAAGAAGUAUCAGUCUUACAGACAAUCUCACCGUAGUAUUCGCAACUACCGGGAGAUUUGACCUAACUCUGGUUUCAAGCAACUUGGCUUGGAGGCGCCGCUAUAGACUCGGCGUUGUAGAUGUGACAGAUAGUAUUGAGUCUCCGAAGAUAGUAAGCGAGUCUUUGACAGUAGUAUUAGAAGAAUGCACCCCACUUCAACUUAAUUUAGCCAACAAAGAGCUCCCAGACGGUGUAGUUACUUACCAUUGGAACGAUGGAUCGCAUACCACUAAAGUUCUCUCCGACAACAAGUUUUUAUUUUGUCCAAGUAAGAUUGGAUAUGUUUCCUUGGUGUGCUACGUCACAGUCGAUACGUUUUGUGGUGGGCAGAGGAGACACCUAAGUGGUAAGAGCAAUGCCGUCACAAUCAAAGUGGUCGACAGGAAUCAGAAUCAGCCGAUAGAUCAGGAAUGGUCAAAUGAUGAUUUUCCUGAAUCUACAGAAAAGACGACAGAGGCUAAAAUGAACGGAAGACGGGGCAGUUGUGACUUCGGUGCCGGAGAAGAAAUUGAGAAUGUUUCUCUGGCUAACUGCGAUAAUCAGAGUUUGCGAUGCUAUAAAGAUACUUUCUUUGCGGUAAAAGUUCAGUCGGUUCAUCCUGGAAAACUCAAAUGGAAAGCUGACAAAACGUACCGGUCGUUUGUGAAUCUUUUGUACUCUGGUGCCUCUUCGUCACACCACUAUUUGCUGAUGAAGGUGGACAAACUUUUUCCAACUGACAAUUUAGAGCUGCAAGUAAACUUUCAACGACAUCACACCACUCAACAAAAGACGCCUGAUGAAACUGUUUCCGAAAAGCAGUCUUGUACAUUUGGUCUGACUUUGGAACUCUUGCCGUUGCCCAUGGCAAUGUACAAAGCGGCAGAUGACUGCUUGCUCAACACACUACCAGCUAAACAAAGAUCAGAGAAGGCGAAUUGCAGACAGGACAUAAACUUAUACUCAGUUUCCAAGAAGAGUGCUCGGUGCAGUGCGGAGGAGACGUGUGAUGACAUCUGUCCUAUGAAGAUGCUUUUCCAAAAAGGGGAAACUUUUUCAUUGGUCUACCCUGAAAUAGGACUUCGCGCAUACACCAAGUGGCGCACUCAUUGCAUGUCGCUCCUUGAUUACAAUGAAGCCCUUCAGAAGAAGCAUGAUAUGAAACUCCUGGAACUAAUGCACUUCCUAAUGAAUCAGACAAUACUGUUAGGGCUGAGUAGAGUACCUUUUGAACUCCUCAUUUCUCCACCUGGCUUCUCUCUGCACAUGAGUCGGUUCAAGUCACGACUGGACUCUUUUAAGAAAGUAUCUUCCCCGUCUUUGUUCAGAACCAGGGGGGUAAUGAUAGGAAAGACGAACGAGGGCUUGGAUUGGAGUUACCUCAAAGAACACUGUCUCAAUCUAGCGGUAGUCGAGUUCGAAGAAAAAGAUGCUUUGAUUCGCCAAUCUGAAACUAAUGAUAUAAUGUUCCACUCGCCUGUAAUUCUGAAAACAACAGAUUGUUCAGGAGAUUCGUUACCUUCACUGCAUCUGCAAUUUAAAGACUCAUGGGACAUCCCCAGUGCACACCUCCACUACUUCUCCUCUGCAUCUGGCUUCUACAAGUUGGUUUUCCGGUCCCAACCCAGUCGUCUGGAUCUACAAGGAGUGGAUGCAGUGGGCUCCACAGUGAGAGUGGACUACCUGUCUCCUCUAUUGUGGCCAGUGUCCGUGCACUUGACUUGCACUAGUCAAAGUGGAGAGGAGUGGCAAUCUGGCAUCGAGGAAGGCUUCAAUCCUACCACUGAUCGCUAUUCUGCAUUCUCUUUUACUGUCCAUCGCAGUUUUAUCAUCAAAUCAAAUGAAUCUGUCACUUGUACAAAUACAGUCAUUACCCACUCCCAACAUGUGCAAGACAUCGGAGAUGUAAAAAUUAUCCCAGAUGAUUUGAUCAGAGUCCGGGUUGGUAUUGCUGGAAUUGGUUGUGUGGCCACUGAGAGGAGGGACACCCGAGGAAGAUCCUGUGAGAUCAUCAGAGUCCACUCCAAAAGAGACUUCUACUGCAGAUGUGCUUCUCAGUUUGGCUGGCUCUACAAUGGUUUCACCUCUUUCCAAAACGCACCUCUGGAAGUUGACUUGUUCACAACGACUGACAAUGAACAUGGCGAUUCUUUCUUGUUUGGCUGGAAGCUGUUGCUAAUUUUGGCGAUUCUCGGACUCACAGUGGCCAGCAUUGUGAAGAUUCUGGCUCAGUCGAAGAAACCGCAAGACUCGCUGGACAAAAUUGUGUACCAGAUUGACAACAGCUGCAAGAACUACUACUGCUAUGCUCUGUCGGUGGAAACUGGCAACAUGAUGCUAACUGGGACUAGGAACAGGGUGUUUUGCAUCCUGCACGGGGAGAAGAGGAGUUCGGAGACCAAGGAGCUGUUCUCGGAAGACGAGGAGAGUGAGGCCGACUGCUUCGCCUCAGCAUCCAUCACCACUUUUCUAAUAAGCACUCCUCAAUGUCUGGGGAAGCUGAGUCGAGUCACCAUCUGGCACGACUUAGCUCCCCCCUCACUGUCGUCGAGUAGCAGCAGCAGUGUCACUAAGUGUGGAGGCGGUUUGAGGGGUGAGGAGGACGAGGAGGUGAAGUGCUUCUACGUGAACAGGGUCACUGUCGUCGACAUUCACACUCUGGACUUGUAUGAUUUCCCGGUCUUUGAGUGGAUCGGACCUGGGUUCCGAGAUGGACGCACAGACAGAAUCAUAUUCCGACGCAAGGCAAAAUCCCUCGAAAAGUGCAUAAAGAAGGAGUUGUUGUCUGUGACCCUGAACUCAUUGGAGUCAUUCUGUUCACUGGUUCUGCCCAGAUUCAGGACUCGCUCCGCCUGCUGUCUCUUCCUCCUGCUCGCCCUGAGUCUCACUUCUUGUGGAGCAACUCUCUCGCCAUUUCUACCGCUGCACGACUGGCAAAAAUCUAAGAUGCUGAUGCUGAAUCCUGGAGGGUGUUUUAUGCUGACGGCACCGGUGCUUUGCAGUUCUGUGUUGCUCUCUUGUGGGGUGAGUUGUGCUUGCUUUGUGUUGUACUGGGUGCUGACUCACAUCCCCUAUGGCUACUCCUCCACUUCCUCCUCCUCUGUGGAUUACCACCAGGUGCAGCAGGUGCAGCCACCCUCGCAGCAGAACUCGCUGACCAAACACAAGUGGUGGAACGACAUUGAGACAUGGGCCGAGAGGGCAGCCGAAACCAGAGCUCCAGACCAGCUCAGUUGUGGUGAGGUGCCAAUAUCUGCAGCUGGUACUCUGACCCCUGGAGGGGGAGCCAGCAGUAGACGCAACAGCUACAGGUUCCUUUCUACCUCGAGGGAGACGCUCGCCAGCCAGAUGAACAACUCCAACACUGCACACAGUGGGUUGCGAGACCAGUGCGCUGGACCGGCCAGUUUCCACACCCUACCAAAGUCCAGACUGUACUUGAUGGGAUUCUACUCUGGCUUAGCCCUCUCUCUAUCCCUCUCUUUCGCCACCGCAUUCUUCCUAUCCAGAAGUGACAAGUUGGCCCUGGUUUACAGUGGUAAAGUGGCCUUCUGCUCACUCAUAUGCUCCCUUUGUCUACUUUUCCCUCUCUUCACUUUGCUGUGUUCUUUGAUCUCGGCUGUGGUGAGUUGGUCCUUCAAGUUCCCCCUGCAGCUACGCUUUGUGCUCCACUUGCCCCAUGCUUGCAGUCCCCUCGUCAGACCGCACAGCAGGAAGAGCUCAUACAACGAUCCCCUAGACUUCUCAGAGUCAAUCGCCAGCUCUUGCUUUGCUCUUGCGAUGAGGCAACGUGCUCGGUAUCUCAAGUACGUGCGGCCUCCUUCGGUGCAGAGCCUCAGAAAAUGGCACAUCUGGACUCUUCAGAAACUUAAGUUAUUUGAACUCUUCAGGUUCCUGGUUGUGUUUUGUGUGAAGUUUUUCUGUGUCGCUUUUGUGUUCUACAUAGUAUCGCCCUCCCAGACUGAGUUUGAACUGAGGAGCAGAAUUGCAGACUUGAUUCAGACUGGAAACCGCGCAGAGCUCAAAAUAAUAUCACGGAAAUUUCCUCAGAAUCUCCAGCUGCUCCCUCUUGCGGUCUGGUCCGACGAGCAAGAUUUCUUCGAUGCAGUCAACCUCUCUCAGUUUUCAGCAGAUCCCGAAUUUUAUGAUGCUCGAGUGGCGACAGUCAUGUUCUUCUACCCUGUGGAAAGCCUUAUAGGGCUGACAAACGUGAAGGAAAACAACAGUAGCCAUCUCUCAGUCCAUACUCUGAUCCUCCCCUUUGGCCCUCUGGUGACGUCAUCACAGUGUAGUUAUUGUGCAGUGCUGGUAAUGUGUGUGCAGAUGAUGAGUGUGAUGUGGUUCUGCUGUCACCUCAAGACACUCUUCUUCUCCGCCUCGCGCAACUUCUCCUUCAUCGACCUUAAACUCAUUCUUCAAAUGUUCUUUCCCUCUGCUUGUCUGGCUUUCUCUAUCUACUUGACCUGUUUAUGGGAGACUUCUUUGCAACUGCAGAAGUCACUGAAGCUUAGACCGAACGAGGCCGCCCAAAUGUUCAAAGCACUGCACGAGAAUCUCGAGAAUAUACGACUGCUUCUGGGGAUGGUUGUGCUGUUGUAUCUGGUGAGUGUGACUCGCCUAUUCAAGAGCAAGCAGAGUGGUCUGAAACUGUAUGAGCAGUGGUUCUUCGAUAGACUAGUCACCAUACCUCACAAGAGAACCCUCGUCCUGUCGGGAGUUGUUCUUGUGGUUGGGUUAUGUCAAGUGCGCUCUUUCUUCCCAUGUCAAGUCGAGACAGUAAUCACCAGCUGUGCUACCCAAUGGUCUGUGCCUGAAGGAAUCCUUCUAUUGACAAUGAGCCGAGUUGUAUUCUUUGUGAAGAAAGCUCCGAAGCAGCACUCUGGCUUAACGGUACGUCAGAGAGAGAAAGUAUCCCUCAUCACUUCUCUGUGGUCAGUUUUAAGAGCCUACUCUGGGAAACUUGGUCUGCGACUACUGGACUCUUUGCAGUAUGGAUCUUUGCAGGCCAGGACUCGAUGGGGUGCAUCUCCCCACUACGCCCGCCACAGUCCACAGAAUCAAUCCAGCCAUAAGCAUGACUCACUCAAGAGAUACCGGGUACCUCUCCAACUGGAGUGUCUGAUGGAUGAGCUGGAAAAACAGGUGGAUGAGUUGAUGAGCCGCACGAUGACUCUGGCCAGCCAGCUGAACUCAGCGGCAGCUACUGAUGCCUCCCAUUCGCGCCCACACUCCAGGAGACACUCGCGGCCACUGAGCGUGGGAGGGGGCUGGUUUUUCCCGACUCUAACAGGACCAGACUACUCGCCUUGUGCUACUACUGCUAGUCAUCGAUCGUCAGUCGUAUCCCACAGUCCCUACAGAUCUCGUCUUCUUCCCUUGCACAGUUUGACUGACACAGAAGCAGAAAAUGCAAAUGACUACUCCCCACUACCUACAAUAGCAUCAAUGCAGCGCAGAGCAAUCUCGUGUGACCAGAACGAAAUCUGCUCCUUGGGUAAAAAGAGCCGGAAAAGAAUACUUGGCUCUAAGGCGAAGCUGCACACUUCUAGAGGAGGCGAAGACGUUAGUGCUUCCUUUUCCUCCUCGCCCUCCCAUGGCUUCACUCUGAUGCAAUUGCGACUGUUGGCCAGCAGCACUGCCAAAUUGGACGAUAAGUCCAGAGACAAUGUGCUGGAGUGUCUGGAGGAGGUUGUGUACAACAGACUGUGUGGUCACUGCAUGCCAUGUGAGUCUCUGUUCGAGAAAGAGUUCGAACUGCAGCUGCUCCUAGACUACCUCAUGCCAGAAAAUGAGAGUGACAACUACUUGUCGUCUCGAUCUGUGGGAAUAGACAUGUACUCGAGUGGUGUUGCCAGCAGUCCCCUUGUGCGGAUCGGGUCCAGGAGGAGUAAUGGGACGGGAGUGUCCUCGCGACGCAGCCGCAGUCACAGUGCGGCUGCACUGGUGGCGCUCGAUUGGGCUGACGGCGGGGAAGAGGGUGGGGUGGGUGUAGGAGCGAAAGGUGUGAGUGGGUGGGGUGAGCUGAGAAGUGUAUCCAGUGAAGAUAAGCUAUCAGUUCUAUCCAGGGCCGCGGCCGAUCAGCCAGAUGGUUUAGUCCAACCAAUUAAGAUCGUGUACCCUUCAUCUUCGUACGAGAAGUCUAAAACUGUGAAGCUGCAUCGACUGUGUCAGGAAAGUGUGCACAGCUUUCAUGCCCGACCACGACCCACUGACCUUGCGAACACAUCUGCCGUGGAAGCACUAGCGGCCGGCAUCAGGCUACAGCAGCUGCACUCUCGCAACAACACACGAAGUCAGAAGCAGCGAGGAGUUACAACUGCCGACUUGAAAGCUGAAAGUGCAUCUACGAUUGAACUACGCGACUUAUCGGCAAAUCGAACAAAACUGCAUCGAACUCGCACGCUGAAAGGGGGCCUGUUUCUGGACAAACUCUAAAUCUUUUACACAAAACAGUUCAAUUCUUUAAAUCAGAUCAGUGGCAAAUUUACUACAAAGCCUAUCCUCCCUCAGCAUUGUUUCUCGAAACACAAGAUGCAACGGUCUUCCUUCUAAAUACUUUUUUGCCUCAAAUUUUGAGUUUGAAUGCGAGAUAAUUUAUUCUUUGUAAAGUUAGCGAAUACGAGUGCACUAACUAUGACGAUGAAAAAUUGUGCAGGUCUUAGAUAGCCCUACUCAUCGUUUUUCUGAAACAGUUUCACUCAACACUCUUUUAUUUCGAAAACGUGUUACAUUAUGCAUAACAUA